GGUCCUUCGAGCCGGAUUCGAUCAGCGCCCGAAAUUGCUCAAGAUAAACAAUGGCUCCGCGUAAGCAGAACGCUCAAGUGUUGGAGAGCAGGCGGACUCGAGGCACGCAGUCCUACCGGUGCCGAGUCUGCCGGGGGAUCCACCCUCUAAAGAGGUGCCAGAGGUUCCUCAAGCUGAGCGCGGAGAAGCGGCUACGGGCAGUUCUGGUUAAUAAGUACUGCGCAAAUUGCCUUGCCCACGAGCAUUCGCAAGGGGACUGCCGUAGCGGUGACCGGUGCAGAACGUGCGAUGAGGAGCAUCACACGCUGCUCCACAUCACCGAGCCUUCCAAGCCUUCCAAAAGGGGCUCCGCUUCUCAGCAGUGUUCGCGCCGGCAAGAUCCGCCAACGCGCAGAGCGCUUGCUUCUCCACCGCGCUCAGCAUCCUCGACACCAGAGCCCUCGACUCGCGCAGCGCGCGCUGCUCCGACGCUGGCAACCCUCCUUCAACACCACGUCGUCAACGUCCUUCCGACGGCUUUGGUCACCCUGGAGGCGGGUCCGAAGAUCGUGGACACCGUGGCUCUCAUAGACCCCUGCUCGCCUCAAAGCUGCAUCGACGCCACCCUGGCGUCCAGCCUUCGUCUGCCGACCACCAAUGUCGGAAAGGAAAGGGUGUGCACGGCGAUACUCCGAUCGAAGGUCGUCGAGGGAGCUGCGUUGGAUGUCGUCCUAAAGAUCGAACCCGGCAGCGAAACUUCAUUAGACACCCAAGAGGGCGAAAAGAAGUUGUCUGUUCCUACGAUCAAUCCGAAACGAUUGUCGCUCACGCCUAAGGUUAGGUCACAGAUCCAGACCAAGUCCGUAAAGUCGCUGGCAACUCGUUCUCAGGCAAAAAUGAGCAACGACAUUGCAAUUGCAGCCCUCGCGCGGUUCAUAACGGUGUCCGACCGCAUGAGCAAUUUCAGAGCGACCAUAGAAACUCCAGGGCCGUCAGCUCCGUCCGUCCACACCUGCAAAGUCCGUAAGGAACAAGUCCGCUCACUCUUGGAAAAGGCCGAAAAAGAAUUCGAAGCGUGUUUAGACACGAUUUCCAGCAUUACGACUGAAGGAGCGGAGGAGAUUCUGGCGACUCUGCAUCGAAAGUAUGAAUAUUGCUAUUCGGUGUACGAGGAGCUAUCAGUUCAUCUCAGCGAGCUGAUGGACCAAGCCACUCCGCAGCAGUCGACAGCGAGCACCACUAAUCAGUCCGCUUAUAUUUCGUCUGGGUGCCGGUUACCACCAUGCGAUACAGAAGUAUUCGAAGGAGAUUACCUAAAAUGGCCAACAUUUAGGGACCUUUUUACAGCAGUCUAUGUCAACAAUCCUAGGUUGACACCGGUCGAAAAGCUUUUCCAUCUCAAUGCUAAAACUAGCGGCGAGGCUAAGGCAAUCGUAGCCAAGUCCCCUCUCACAAAUGAGGGUUUCGACUCAGCAUGGGCAGCGCUUCGAGACCGUUUCGAAAAUAAGAGACUGCUAUCCCUUUCAUCGAAGUCCGACAUUCCGACUUGGGAUGAGAUGAACACGUUUCUUGGUGACCGAUACCGAACGCUAGAGGCGAUUGAGGACAUGAAACCAAGUCACAGCAAUCACUCUACCACUAAGAGUCAACCCGUCUCCAGGAGGCUCAACUCCUUCGAAGCUAAAGUGGUUUCCAAACCGAAGAAUUGCGAUCUGUGCUCAAAGGAGAAUCAUCCAGUCCGCUUAUGCCAGCGUUUUCUCCAGAUGUCUGUCGAUGCGCGGACCAACUACAUCAAGAAGAAACAGCUGUGCCUAAAUUGUUUCGCGAGAGGCCAUCAGCUACGUGAAUGUACGAGCACUCACAGCUGUUUCACAUGUCGAGCUCGGCAUCAUACGUUGCUCCAUAAAGGCAACCCCAAUUCCAGUGGGUCAACUACGGGAAAUAUUUCUUCUGCAAGCCCACAAAAUCCAACUGCACAGAGGGCCGCCAACGCUUCAGAAAAUCUGCCCAGUGUGCAGAAUUAUUUCGCAACCGGUGCCAGAGCGGUUUUACUAGGUACGGCCAUCAUUGACAUUUGCCACUUGGGUACGAACUACAGGGCUCGCGCUCUAAUAGACUCGGGUUCUGAGGCUACGUUUAUUACGGAACGCCUGUUCAAUUUAAUUAAGCUGCCAUUCCGCCUCAUCCAAGCCCAAGUUUCGGGCUUAAAUAAGACCAUUUCCGCUCAGGCGACCAGGCUCUGCCAUUUUUCGAUUCGAGCUCCUAAUAAGCCAGGCCUUCAGCUAGAAACCGCAGCUUACGUUCUGCCUGAAUUGGCCGGAACGCUACCGUCCUAUCCAAUCCCACGAGAUGCGCUGAGUGAUUUACCUGCUAUCCCCCUGGCAGAUCCUACAUUUCUUGAGAGCUCCCAGAUAGAUGUUCUGAUCGGAGCCGACAUGUUACCAUCCGUUCUGCUGAGCGGCAUGCGCACAAACAUUUGUGGCUCUCUCCUAGGUCAAGAAACUAUUUUUGGCUGGGUGCUUACCGGCCCAGUUUCAAGUACAUCUAGUCAGAAUCGAGUAUCCGCUUUCACGACCCAGAUAACCGAAACGAGUGACAGAGUCUUAGAAAAACUUCUCACUAAGUUUUGGGAGGUGGAGAAUAUACCCACUAAAAGGGUAAAGGACUCCGAUUCCUAUUGCGAAAACAAUUUUCUCCAAACGACCACUAGAGACGCAAGCGGGAGAUACGUAGUAUCUUUACCAUUUCGCGAGCCUGAAAAUCUCGGGUCCCAAUUGGGGCACUCGCGAUCCAGUGCCCUAGCUCAGUUUCUUAGAAACGAAAACCGUUUGAAGAGAGACUUUCCAUUAAAAGAGCAGUAUGACUCAGUCAUUCAAGAGUAUUUGGAUCUGGGUCACAUGAGAGAAAUUCCCCCGUCGUACGAUUCUCCAAACUAUUACCUGCCACACCACGCGGUGAUCAAACCCGAGAGCACUACCACCAAACUUCGCGUGGUAUUCAAUGCUUCUAGCCCUUCAUCCAAUGGGACAAGCUUGAACGACAUUCUUCAUGCUGGUCCAGUCCUACAAUCUGAUUUAACCAUUCAGAUAUUGAAGUGGCGUUAUUUCCAGUACGUGUUCAGCGCAGAUAUCACCAAGAUGUACCGUCAAAUCUGGGUCGAUCCCAAACAUACGCCGUUCCAGAGAAUCUUAUUCCGGAAUAAAGAAGGAGAAGUAAGCGAUUUCGAGUUAAAAACAGUCACCUUUGGUGUUAACUGUGCACCAUUUCUGGCACUCCGCGUACUCCAACAAUUGGCAGACGACGUAGAAAAGGACUUCCCUACAGCAAGCAAUAUUAUUCGUCACUUUAUGUACGUAGACGACGUUCUGGCAGGGACCACUUCCAUACAAGAGGCUCGACUGGCAAUCAGCGAACUUCGCCACGCUUUCAGCAGCGCCAGGUUCCCAUUGAGAAAGUGGACGGCCAACCAGAAGAGCAUACUCGAAGACAUCCCAAACGAGCAUCUACUCCACGAGGACUUUCGCGAUCUUCAUUCCGAAAGCUUUGCCAAAACACUGGGCGUUCGGUGGAAUGCGACCUCGGACGAGUUCUGUUUUGUUCCACCGCCAGUGUCGAUUAAAUCCACUCAUACGAAGAGAGAGGUUCUUUCCCAAAUUGCGAAGCUUUUUGACCCAGCCGGAUGGCUGUCUCCGUUUAUUGUCCGCUCAAAAAUCUUUAUGCAAGAAAUUUGGUUGCAGGAGCUGGGCUGGGAUGAAAACAUCCCCACAGAAAUGGAUCAGAGAUGGCAAGAUUUUUUGCGCAGCUAUUCCGAGCUUGAGCAGAUCCGCACUCCAAGGUGGGUUGGUUUCCAGCCAGGAGUGAAGGUAGAGCAUCACGGGUUUUGUGAUGCGUCUCAGAAGGCUUAUGGGGCCGCUAUAUACUUGCGGGUGGAAGUAGGCCACAACAUUAUGACACGUCUGCUUACCGCCAAAACCCGAGUCGCCCCUGUUAAAACGGUGUCCCUUCCACGGCUCGAGCUGUGUGGGGCAUUGCUGUUGUCAGAGAUGAUUGCAGCUAUUCUUCCGAAUAUGCCAAUUUCCAAUUCCGACAUUUUCUGCUGGACUGAUUCCACCAUCGUCCUCGCAUGGUUAAGCAAGCCGGCAUGCCACUGGACCACGUUUGUCGCCAACCGGGUGACAAAAAUUACUCAGGUGACGAGCGCUGAGCAUUGGGCGCAUGUGCGAUCCGAGCACAAUUCCGCGGACCUGGCCAGUCGAGGCGUUUCGCUGCGGGAGCUGGUUCAUAGCCAACUCUGGUGGGAAGGACCGGACUGGUUGCAACAGCCGAAGGACAUGUGGCCAACACGGGAGCUAGGACCUCCAGUCACAGACAUAGAGCAGCGUGCUGUGAAGGUCAAUUUCGCCAAGGCCCCAUCCGAAGAUUUUUUGGAACGUUUCUCCGCGUUGGACAAGGCUCUGCGGGUCCUUGCGUACGUAAUACGGUUCACUCAACGCUGCCGCAAGAUGCCGAGGGAUGCGGCUGAGCGACCCACCAAGGAAGAGGUCCAAGAAGCUGAAAGAGUCCUUAUUCGAAAUGCUCAGCGGGGAGAAUAUACCCAAGAGCUCAAAGUCCUAAACGAUAAGCGUCCGAUUCCAGUUUCCAGCCCGAUAGCCAACCUGUUUCCAUUUCAAGACCAACAAGGCCUGUUAAGGGCAUGUGGGCGCAUUACGGCCUCAACGGCCCUCCAGUACGACGAGCGGCAUCCUAUUAUACUGCCAUACAACUGUCGGUUAGCUCGUCUUCUCGUCCUUUUUCACACCAGAUUUCCCUGCAUGGCGGCAACCAACUAG